AGAUCAACUAGUCUCGCGAGAGGACACUGCGCCCAAAAAAUGGAAGUCGGUGGGAACAGUGGGCUUCCUGUAAACAAUAAACAGAGAGCUAUGUUGCCUAACAAAAGCAGGGUCGAAUUUACCCGAAACCCAAGAAAAGAUUCAGAGGGGCUGUCGGAGUCUCCAGACCUCGAGUUUGAAUAUGCUGAUACAGACAAGUGGGCUGCAGAGCUGUCAGAGCUCUACAGUUAUACUGAAGGACCAGAGUUUGCUCUCAAUAGGAAGUGCUUUGAGGUCGAAUUCAGAACACAUGUUUGUGAUAGGAAGUGGACGGAGCUUGAUGCAGCUCAACACAGAGCUCAUGCCAUGCGCCUGUUGGAUGGUCUGGAAGUGAUAGCCCGAGAGAAGAGGCUGAAGGCUGCCAGAGCUAUUCUUUACAUGGCUCAGGGAACCUUUGCAGAGUGUAGCUCUGAGGCUGAGGUGCAGUACUGGAUGAGAUACAACAUCUUUCUGCUGCUGGAUGUGGGGACCUUCUCUGCUCUGGUGGAGCUGCUCAACAUGGAAAUUGAGUAUACUGAAAAUUGUAAAAUUACUUUCAGGCAGGAUAGAUAGAAUUUAAAAAUCUCAGUCUUAAGAACUUCAGUAAAAAAGCUCAAAAAUCAAAAAUAUUAUAAGCAAAACUUUCCAGGUGAACUAUUUCCACUCCACCUCUCCAACUCAGGAUCUCCUCUGUUCAACAACGAGCCGAUGUCCGUCAUGCUCUUCGGUAUGGUUACCAAGUUCUGCAGUGGUCAUGCCCCUCACUUCCCAAUGAAGAAGGUGUUGUUGCUGUUGUGGAAGAGCAUACUGUUCACACUCGGAGGGUUUGAGCAGCUCCAAAGCAUAAAGGUUCAUAAGCGUGUGGAGAUGGGUCUUGCCCCUCUCCCAGAGGACAGCAUUCGAGUCAUUCGCAGUAUGAGGGCUGCUUCUCCUCCUGCGUCUGCAUCCGACCUCAUAGAGCAGCAGCAGAAACGGGCGCGCCGCGAACACAAGGCGUUAAUCAAACAGGACAACCUUGACGCAUUCAACGAAAAGGAUCCUUACAAGGCUGACGACUCUCGUGAGGAUGAGGACGACAACGAUGACAAUGACAACUCUAUAGAGGCAGAAACGUUCCCUCUAGAGAGGGACGAGGUGAUGCCUCCGCCUAUUCCUCACCCUCCAUCAGAUAGGGUGUCCUUACCCAAAGGACUGCCGUGGGCUCCUAAAGUCAGGGAAAAGGACAUUGAAAAUUUCCUGGAAUCAAGUAGAAGUAAAUUUAUUGGUUACACACUUGGAAAUGAUACAAAUACAGUUGUUGGCUUGCCUAGGCCAAUUCAUGAGAGCAUAAAGACCUUAAAGCAGCACAAGUACGUCUCCAUUGCUGAGAUACAGAUUGCAAAGGAGGAGGAGUUUCAGAAAACCCCUCUGUCUGGUGGUGAAGAGGAUGUGGAGAUGUCCUCCAUUGAGCUGCUCUAUCAGGGAAUUCUGCCCAGUUUGCCUCAAUACAUGAUCGCUCUGCUGAAGAUCCUGCUCGCAGCAGCGCCGACUUCCAAAGCCAAGACAGACUCCAUCAACAUCCUGGCAGACGUACUGCCGGAGGAGAUGCCGACCACAGUGUUGCAAAGCAUGAAACUUGGUGUUGAUGUCAAUCGACACAAAGAGAUCAUCGUGAAGGCUAUCUCUGCCAUCCUGCUGCUGCUUCUAAAACACUUUAAACUUAACCACAUCUACCAGUUUGAGUACAUGGCUCAGCACCUGGUGUUUGCCAACUGCAUCCCCCUCAUUCUGAAGUUCUUUAACCAGAACAUCAUGUCUUACAUCACCGCUAAAAACAGCAUUUCAGUACUUGACUUUCCUCACUGUGUGGUGCAUGAGCUCCCAGAGUUAACUGCAGAGAGUUUGGAAGCAGGAGACAACAAUCAGUUUUGCUGGAGGAAUCUGUUCUCUUGUAUUAACCUGCUGAGGAUCCUCAACAAACUAACCAAGUGGAAGCACUCCAGAACAAUGAUGCUAGUAGUGUUUAAGUCCGCUCCCAUCCUGAAGAGGGCGCUGAAGGUCAAGCAGGCCAUGAUGCAGCUGUACGUCCUCAAGCUGCUUAAAGUGCAGACCAAAUACCUGGGACGUCAGUGGAGGAAGAGCAACAUGAAGACCAUGUCUGCCAUCUACCAAAAGGUCCGACAUCGGCUCAACGACGACUGGGCCUACGGGAACGAUCUGGACGCUCGUCCCUGGGACUUCCAGGCCGAGGAGUGUGCUCUGCGGGCCAACAUCGAGCGCUUCAAUAGUCGCCGCUACGACAAGAGCCACAGCAACCCGGACUUCCUGCCUGUGGACAACUGUCUGCAAAGUGUCCUGGGACAGCGGGUGGACCUGCCCGAGGACUUCCAAAUGAAUUACGACCUUUGGCUGGAACGAGAGGUCUUCUCCAAACCCAUUUCCUGGGAAGAACUGCUACAGUGAGAAUCUAAACGACUUUCAUCAACAACAAAAGUUUCAAUCAGGAGUUCAGACAAGAGACCAACAGACCAGCAGUGCUCUCAGCAGUACGUUAGGUGUUCUGUCCAGACUGAAGCUGACGGAUGGAUUUAGCUCUCUAAAGUUGCCCAGGUGUAGAUUUUCAAUCAUCCCGUUACAGUUACGUUUACGUGACGAACUAUGGAGACUUCCCCACACUAAUGCCACCCACAGUUUUUUUUUAAUGAAACAGCUGACGAAUAAUUCAGUGCUAAAUCUUGCUCCACAUGUGGACCUAAACUCAACCCCUACCUUUACAUAUACAGGUAUUUGCUCUGUGUGCCUCUUACCUGCUAAAGACGUCCUGUAAGUUUUACCUUGAACCACUACAUGAAGUUUAUUCUUAAUUUUAAAGAGAUUUAUUUGGAAUACAUUGUAUGUAUUUACUGUUAAGAAUAACAGAGGUGUUGAGGCAGCACAUUUGGGAUGUUAAUAAAUAUAAGAUUCCCUAGUGUAUCUUCUUCAGAGAGAUGAAAAGGAAUGAGGUUGAGGCUUUUUAGUCAUAAUUACUGUGUACAAAUAAAAACAGGUUUUACUUUUUAAUAGUAAUCACCUGAAGGGGGACAAACGUCUGACUUGACUUACUCUUUGUUGUUGUGCUGCAUUUUGCAAAUGAUUUAAAUUGCAUUUGCAUUCUGAGUUUCUCCCCUAAGUACUGCCUACGCACCUUUACUCUGGGACCAUGGAGGCAACCAUUCAGACCUUCACUGACCACCAGGCUGGCUGACUGGACAUGACAAUACAGCCUUGAUCUUAUUUUUUAACCUAGAGUAACACAUUAGUAUCUUAAUUAGUUGGGUUUUUUUGUGCGGAAGAAGUGGUUGCACAUGUUCACAUGAUUUCAUUGCGUGAAAGAAAAGAGAAACAUUUCUGAUUUUUAAAUCGGUGGUUUCUGAACUUCAAUCAUCAGACAGCUCAA